AUGCAGCUCAAGCUCUUGACCGCUGUCGCUGGUGCCGCUGCCGCCGCGGUUGUGUCCGCCCAGCAGUUCCAAAACGAACGCUUCACUUGGUUUGAGCCUGGACUCGGUGCAUGCGGUCAAAACAACGGCCCUAACGAUUUCCAAUACGAUGGUGGAGCUCACUGCUUCCAGACUAUUACGAUCACGGCCCUCGGCAAGACGACCACUGCUCAGAUCGUCGACGAGUGCCCCGGAUGCCCCUUCGGCGGUUUGGACCUGUCUCCCGGCUUGUUCGAGUUCUUCGCCCCUCUCAGCGAGGGCGUGAUCACUGGUGGCUGGUCCUUUGACUAA